UUCAAACAUAAGUUUCGCAGUUCAGUUGUGUUUGCGUCGUUUUUUUUUUUUGCGCUUAAGAUUUUCCUUUCAUUUUCAUUUUUCUGCUUUUCCCGAGUUUUUCCAUUGAAAUUUUCUGUGUUUCACUGUUUGCAUAGUUGUGUUUUUAUCGUUCGCUGCCGUUUUCGGGAAUGUGAUGUGGUAAAUCUUCCGUGGGAAUCCAAAUCACAAUCAGAAUCAUGUCACAGUCACACCACUUGGAUCCGACGGCUUCCCAUUUGACGCUGCUCGAGGCUCGCUUCGGCCACAGUUCGUUCCGUCCGUUGCAGUGGGACAUCAUCCGGUCGUUGCUGGAGGAGAAACGAGACAAUUGUGCCGUGAUGGCCACAGGAUACGGCAAAUCACUCAUCUACCAGUUUCCGGCCGUGUUUCUGAACCGACUGACCGUGGUCAUUACGCCGUUGAUUUCGCUCAUGCAAGAUCAAGUGCUAGCCCUGAACACGGCAAACAUUCCGGCUUGCUUCCUGGGGUCGGCGCAGACUGCGGAUGUUAUCCCCGGCAUACAGGCCGGCAAGUAUCGACUGGUCUACAUGACGCCGGAGUAUCUCUUUGAGGACAUGGGAAAGGUGUUGCUGGAAUCAAUUCUUAAUCAGCUGGUACUGAUUGCAGUGGACGAGGCACACUGUGUCAGCAAGUGGAGUCACGAUUUCCGGCCGGCAUUUGGCGAACUGCACAAGAUUCGAGAUAUCUGUCCGGGCGUCCCUAUGCUGGCCCUGACGGCGACAGCCACUCCCACCGUUCGCAGAGACAUUGUACGCAAUUUGAAGCUCGCGUCACCUCAGAUGACAUGCUCCGGAUUCGACCGACCGAAUCUGAGUUUCCAUGUCAAGCCCAAGGGUUCCGUUAAUCUUGUGACUGACAUCGUGUCGCUAAUCAAGCGCAGCGCCGGUGGAAGCGUAAUCAUCUACUGUCUCACCCGGGCGCAAACGGAGAUUCUAGCAACACGGUUGAAAGUCAAGGGCAUCAACUGUGAGUCGUACCAUGCCGGAAUGGAGUGGCCGAAGCGUAAAGAAGUACACGAAAGGUUCGUUCGAGAUCGGCAGAAGGUGGUUGUGGCCACUUUUGCCUUCGGCAUGGGCAUCGAUAAGUCGAACGUCCGCGUCGUAAUUCACAAUGGGGCCCCCAGAGACCUGGAGAGCUACUAUCGGGAGGUCGGCCGGGCCGGCCGAGAUGGACUGCCGUCAUGCUGCGUGAUGUACUGGGAUGAGGAAGACUUCCGCAAACACGAAUACUUGCGUGAGAAAAACGUCCACGGAAUGGAUGAACGGGAAAAAUUGCUGGAGCUUUCCGCUAAAAUGCGCCAAUUUUUGAAGAGCAACGUCUGUCGCCGAAAGUUCCUGUUGGACUAUUUCGAAGGUAGCGUCAACACAUUGCCGGCGCGUCGGGACUGCUGUGACAUUUGUGCGGUUCGAUACAAAGGACUUUCGUUGGCACCUGUUGCAAUCACCUCACCGUCAUCACUUCCAACAUCUUACUCUAAAGCUAAGUUCACUGAAGAAAUGCUUGAAGCCAUUAGAACCAUACGCGAUCAAUUGGCCAUUUCGCACGGCUGCAAACCGCACGUGGUCACGUCCCGCAACGCUAUGCGUCAGCUGACCCAGUUGCGUCCCCUGACCAUAGACGAACUGAAAGCCGCCAAAAUCGCUGGAUUCUCGGAUGUUAAAAUCCAGAAGUUUGGGCAACCAUUCGUUGACUGCAUUCGGGCAAAAGUCGGGGAAUUGCCAACCAUUCAGCAGGUUCUGCAGCAAUACCCACUCAUGAAGGACAAGAUAACGUUCUUCCAGAUCACGACCUGGACGUUGUUCAAAGAAGGGCGUUCUGUUCAGGAGAUUGCGAAGUUCCGACGCCAAACAGAGAUGCAGAUCUAUCAGCAGCUGGGGGAUGCAAUCCGGCACGGGCUCAAUUUUGGCUGGUCGGAUUUCGAACGGGUCGGUUUGUCACGGGGACUGUACGAGGAAAUCAAGGUGAAGCUUCCUCGCGUGCCGCUGGGAACCGUAGAUCUGAACGUCGUGAAGAAGGACUGUUCGUCGAGCAUUUCGCUGGGGCAGAUUGCGUUGGUGCUGGGAUAUGUUCAGGUUCGUAGUCAUCUGGAUGGGAAUCAGCUUCUAUACCGGGAAGAGACGUCAAGCGAAGUAACUCCGCCAACGAGAGUUUCGAAACAAGAAAGCUCUAACGAGAACGAAGCGGAUGACGAUGCUAUGUCGGCUAGUCUGGACGCUGAGGGUGAUUUUUAUGGAUUCUCAAGUUCUGCGCUGUCGGAUAUAGUGAUUGCAAUCGUCUCGUCGGACGAUGAUGAGUAAGCGUGGCAUACCUAAUUGCAUAGGUAAGAUACGUUAUGUUUUUGUUCACAGUGUUAUUCUAUUAGUUUUAGCGAGUUGGUUUUCAUUUUUCUGUUGCUAAACGAAAUUUAUCUUGAUCACAUAUUGAUUUGUUAAAACGGUUAAAGUAAUAAAACAAAUACAUUAAAUUUGAA